AUGGAGUCACUUCUCAACCAGUCCCGAGCCAUGUGCCCGUUCUUGAAGAGAACGUCACCGGCCGCUCUGCGAUCGCUGUCAAUGGCCACAAAACCCAGCACCGGACCCCGUGGUGGCACCAUGUCCAAUUUGCAGGUCAUUGCCCGCCGCUGCCCCGUUAUGAGCAAGGCUUUAGCAGUGCAGAGUUCUCGACUUGCCUCGAAGAACUUCACCACUGCCGCCGCUGGCAUUGGUGCUACUAGCAAGUUCAAGACUUUCGAAAAGGUUUCUCGCUGCCCUCUGCACACGACUGCAGGCAACAGCGCUAGCGUUGAAGUUGCUGGUACCUACGAGAAGAGUAGCCGACCCAACCCUCAUGUACCCCUUGAAGCCGGCAAGGCUGCGACUCGCAAACCUGAUGUCUCUUUCGCCGGCCCUCACCCUCGGGCCCCCGCCGCGCCCAAGUUCGAUUAUGAGGCAUUUUAUCAGAACGAGCUGGAAAAGAAACACAAGGACAAAUCGUACCGCUACUUCAACAACAUCAACCGUUUGGCCAAGGAGUUUCCUCGCGCUCAUAUGGCAGCUACCGAGGAGAAGGUGACUGUUUGGUGCUCCAACGACUACCUAGGAAUGGGCCGUAAUCGUCAGGUGCUUAAAAGCAUGCACGAAACCCUCGAGAACUAUGGAGCAGGUGCCGGAGGUACACGUAAUAUUUCCGGCCACAACAAACAUGCCGUCCAAUUGGAAGGCACACUGGCUAAGCUGCAUCACAAAGAAGCUGCUUUGGUGUUCAGUUCAUGCUACGUUGCCAACGAUGCUACCCUUGCGACGCUGGGAAGCAAGCUGCCAGAUUGUGUGAUUCUUUCUGACAGUUUGAACCACGCUUCGAUGAUUCAGGGUAUUAGACAUUCUGGGGCUAAGAAGAUGGUUUUCAAGCACAAUGAUAUGGUUGAUCUUGAGACGAAGUUGGCCUCUUUGCCGGCCGAUGUCCCAAAGAUUAUCGCCUUUGAAUCAGUCUACAGCAUGUGCGGAUCUAUUGCUCCCAUCGAAAAGAUUUGCGACCUUGCCGACAAGUACGGCGCAAUUACAUUCUUGGAUGAAGUGCACGCUGUUGGUAUGUACGGCCCACACGGCGCCGGUGUAGCGGAACAUCUCGACUACGACAUCUAUGUAUCCCAAGACACUGCCAACCCUCUCAGCACUAAGGGCACUAUUAUGGAUCGAAUCGAUAUCAUCACUGGGACCCUCGGCAAAGCAUACGGCUGUGUUGGCGGUUAUAUUGCCGGUUCGUCCAAGCUAGUAGACACCAUCCGCUCUCUAGCGCCCGGUUUCAUUUUCACAACAUCUCUUCCCCCUGCUGUCAUGGCUGGUGCCAAUGCGGCAAUCGAGUACCAAUCUGAAUACCGCCGUGACCGGACUCUCCAGCAACUCCACACUAUGGCCGUCAAGGAUGCCUUCAAGGAGAUUGACAUUCCAGUCAUUCCUAACCCCUCUCACAUCGUACCUCUACUUGUCGGUGACGCAGAGCUUGCCAAGCAAGCUUCUGAUAUGUUGCUAGAGAACCACGGAAUCUAUGUCCAAGCAAUCAACUACCCAACCGUCCCCCGUGGCGAAGAACGUCUUCGCAUCACGCCUACUCCUGGCCACACCAAGCAGUAUCGUGACGAGCUCGUGCAAGCCGUCAACUCUGUAUGGAACGAACUAGGUCUUAAGCGUACUAGUGAGUGGAAGGCUCAAGGUGGCUUUGUUGGUGUUGGCGUUGAAGGCGCCGAGCAGCAGAAUAUGCCUAUCUGGGAAGACGCUCAGCUUGGAUUGAUGGAGAAUGAAUCCGUGGAAGAUGCGGUCAAUCGCGAACUCAAGGAGCAUGCGCUUGAAGAACAGGCGUCGCUUGCAAAGGCUGUCCAGGCCCUUCGAACCGGUGGUGCUGUCAAUACAACGACUAGCGCUGGAUUCGCAUCUGUUGGAACUCCUGUUGGAGUAGCGGCAUAAACAUUUGCUCGAACUGCUCGAACCUGCUCUUGAAUGAUUGACCCGCUAUCCACUCCUUCAUCCAUGUGUUCCAACCAAGUAAAUGAUUGUUUCUACAUUCAAUUCUUGUCAAGACAUCAUUGUUAUCCUGAGGACGGGCCGGUCUUUUCAUUUAUUCUAGGCUUUAUAUCCAGGUGCUUUUGGUUGUCUUGUCCUUACUGUAUAUUUGUACACAUCGUCAGAACCCAAGUAGGACUGUCAAUUGAUUGUGUAUACAUUCAUGUCUCAUAAUG